AUGUCUCUGCCUAACGGUGUGGACGUGUCGCAACUAGUGCAGCACCCGGUGCUAGCCGCAUUGCCGCCUUUCUUCCUUCGGGCCUCUGAGAGAUAUCAGAGAACCCCUAAAUGCGCCCGAUGUCGAAACCACGGCGUCGUGUCGGCUCUCAAGGGACACAAGCGCUACUGUCGCUGGCGGGACUGUGUAUGUGCAAAGUGCACACUCAUCGCUGAACGACAGAGGGUUAUGGCUGCACAGGUUGCUCUCCGAAGACAGCAAGCGCAAGAAGAAAAUGAGGCGCGGGAAUUGAACCUGCUAUACGCGCAGCCCUCCGCCCCGCAUUUUCCGGACCUACCUGAGGACGCGCCAGGUCAG